ACUUGCUGUCUGUACUCAUAAAGCCAAAGGUAACUAUGAAUACGGUCAUGUAAUCAUAACAUCAACUUGAAACUUGAAACCACUUUUCAUUUUAGGUUAAAAAUGGCAUUUUAUAUUCCAGAAGCGAAAAUCCUGGAACCAUUAAGAUUAGAUAAAACCACCUCAUUACUAUCAUUAGAAAAUUUAUCCGAAGUUUUAAAUGAUGUUGAAUUGUCGGAUCAAAAAUGUAUCCUUUGUCCAGAAGAAUUCAAUUUAAGAAAUAACGAUACAUUUUUAAAACACUUAUUUGAAAUACAUCGACUAGUAAUCGCAGAUGUACAUUUAAUAGCGGAUUUUGUAGGAUAUAUCAGGUAUUGGCGACAUCGAUUUGUUGAUCAUAAGUUAGAGGAUUUUUGUACAACUAUGUUAUUAGAUAAAAAACCAGAUGGAACAUACUCGAAAGAUGAAAAAUAUUAUUUACUAUCGGAUGUUAUUUCAGAGGAUAAAACUUUACGAUUUGAGUUACAACAAAAUCGUUUAGAAAAAGUAUUAGAACAACAUCGUAAAGAACGUGCAGAUAAUGAUUUUCAACGUGAAUGUUGGUUUUGUCAUAUAAAAUAUGUUGGAUCACGGUCAGGUUUUAUAAGUCAUCUUUCUGAGAGUCAUAACAUGCAACUUGGUCAGCCGGAGAAAUUAGUUUUUACCACCGAUUUACUCAAUGUAAUUGAAGGAAAAUUAAAUAAUUUUCAAUGUAUUUAUUGUGAAAAAAUUUUCAAGGAUCGAAAUGUUUUAAAAGAGCAUAUGCGAAAAAAAAUGCAUAAACGUAUUAAUCCGGAGGAUAAAAAUUAUGAUAAAUUUUAUUUAGUUAAUUACAUGGAAAUUGGAAAAACUUGGCAAAAUAAACAAAAGAAGUUUCAUAAAAACUCUCAAGCACCAAUAAAUAAAUCACGUUCAAUCGAUAACGAUUCCGAUGAUGCUGACACAGAUAGUGAUUGGUCUGAAUGGAAUGAAGAGUAUGUUACAAAUAUACAUUGUUUAUUCUGUGAUUUAAUCGAAUCAGAUUUUGAUUUAAUUUUAAAUCAUAUGACCACCAAACAUCAUUUUAAUUUUAUGGAAAUCACUGGUGAUUUUAAAUUUUAUGAUAAAAUACGUUUAGUGAAUUAUAUACGACGUCAAAUUUAUUUACGUAAUUGUAUAUAUUGUGAUAUUAACAUUGAUACCAAUGAAAAUUUACAAAAACAUAUGACAUCUAGUCAACAUUAUCGUGUACCAGAUACAAGUGUCUGGAAUCAUGUCGAAUAUUUGUUUCCAACGUUUGAAGAUGAUUCAUUUUUAUGUUUUUUAGAUGAUACUAAUGUUAAUGAUGAUUUAGAAACCCAGGAAAAUGUUGUCGUUUAAGUUUGUAAAUAAAUUAAUUUUCUUAAUCAUA